UUAUUCGUUACAAGUACAUCUAAGUAACAAAAGAGUAGCAACAUUGCUUUUUUAUGCACGUCCUGCCCCUUGGACGAUUUCUAUUCUUUAUGCAUUCCUGACCAAAUCAGCCAAUUCAGACAAAAGCUCAACAGUCGUCGUCGGACAAGAAUCAGUGCUUAAAAAAUCACAAUAACAUUUAUGGUUUUCGUUGUCGAUGGUGGCCAUAAGGUUGUCUAUUUGUUCGGCGGAUAAUUUAUAUUUCUUUAUGCACUCGUCCCUGCAACACAUUUCAUUACAAGCACUUCCAAUUGUAAUAUUUCCUUCACAUUUUCGAACAUCAUAAGUAGAUUCUGGCAGUAGCAGAUAAGAAGAAACUGCUUCCCUUGUAGCUUGAACUGCCAAGUGCCAACCACAACCAAAACAAAGGUGAGUCUGCUGAAACUAUAAAAUUUCAUUUUACCUUUAUUAAUUUUUACCAUUGAUGAGAAGAAAGUGCAUUUUAUUUUAUGGGUUUGUCUAUUCUUACUUCUAAGUUUCUUUCAUUUUUCUACUAAUUAAUCGUGGGGCAUUAGAAAUAUAUCAUAUAACCUCCUAUCAAUAGCUAUAUUUAGGAAAUGGAAAUCAAAACUUUACUCUUGGUGUUUACGGAGGGAAUGAGAACAGGAUGAAGAUUCGGACCAAGCCAUGGAAACAGCUUGCUAGGGAGAAAAAUGAUCUGGUUAGUGAUAUGGCUAAUGCUGGACUGGUGAGGUUGGCAUGCGUAAGGGUGAUGGUCGUGGUGAGGAGCGAGAGUAUGGGGGGCAGGGGGUGGGGUGGGAGAUACUCCGUAUAAGAUGUUCAAGAAUGAGGAAGGUGGUUCGCUGCUGAUGGUCUUGCAUGAUGAGGACCAUGGUGGGGCUGUGCUCGGCCGUAUCAGUUAGCGAGCGCAGGAGGAGUGUGUACAAAUGGUGACUUGGGUUUAGGGACUUUCUCGAGUUAACUUAUCUAGGUAAUUGAGACUCAUGUAAUAAUUAAGUUCUAUUUGGGGAUAAGUAGGACUGGUGGUGGUAAUUGUAAUGAUGCUCCGCAUGUCCCAUACUUCGUUUAGUAUGAUAGUUUGAUUAAUGAAAGUUUUCUACUUUC